AUGGCUUCGCUAUUUUCUUUCACUUCUCCAGCAGUUAAACGCUUGUUAGGCUGGAGACAAGGUGAUGAAGAGGAAAAAUGGGCAGAAAAAGCUAUUGAUUCCCUUGUUAAAAAGUUAAAAAGGAAGAAAGGGGCUCUCGAAGAAUUAGAGAAAGCCUUAUCUUGUCCAGGUCAACCAACGAAUUGCGUUACUAUUCCAAGAAGUUUAGACGGACGACUGCAAGUUUCACAUCGUAAAGGCCUACCGCAUGUUAUUUACUGUCGUGUAUGGCGCUGGCCCGAUCUUCAAAGUCAUCACGAAUUAAAGCCGUUGCCAAUGUGCGAGUAUGCAUUCCAUUACAAACUGAAAGAUGUUUGCGUUAAUCCUUAUCAUUAUCAGAGGGUGGAAACACCUGUGUUACCUCCUGUUAUGGUUCCUCGCGAUCCUGAAAUGUGUAGACCACCGAAUAUCCCCAAUCUGGCGACUUCCAAGGAAACUUCUAUGCCGUAUAAUGUAACCUAUGAUCCUGAUCUUUUUGCUACUUACGAAAAUCAACGUUACAAUGGUCAAGGGAAUCAAGGUAGUCCCCCACAGGAGAAUUGUAGCACUCCUAAUACUGCUAAUGGUACUCCCCCUGGUCAUACUAUGACAGCUCCUCAAACCAGCCCCCCAGGGCAAAUGUAUCAACAAGAAUUACAACCAGUUACCUAUCAAGAACCUAACUGUUGGUGUACCGUGGCUUAUUACGAGCUUAAUAACCGUGUUGGUGAACCGUUUCAUGCUUCCCAAGCCAGUUUAAUUAUAGACGGUUUUACAGAUCCAUCGACCAAUGCCGACCGAUUUUGUUUAGGUUUACUUUCCAAUGUCAAUAGAAACUCUACUAUCGAAAACACUCGUCGUCACAUCGGUAAAGGCGUUCACCUUUACUACGUUGGUGGGGAAGUAUACGCAGAAUGCUUAAGUGAGAGCAGCAUUUUCGUUCAAAGUCGUAAUUGCAAUUAUCAUCACAAUUUUCAUCCUACGACCGUAUGUAAGAUACCUUCCAGUUGCAGUCUAAAAAUUUUUGAUAACCAAGAUUUUGCAGCUCUUCUCUCGGAAUCUGUUAGUAAGGGUUUUGAAGCUGUCUAUCAAUUAACGAAAAUGUGCACUAUUCGAAUUAGCUUUGUAAAAGGCUGGGGUGCGGAAUAUCACAGGCAGGAUGUAACAAGCACACCUUGCUGGAUUGAAAUUCAUUUACAUGGUCCACUUCAGUGGUUAGAUAGAGUUCUAAUACAGAUGGGAUCUCCUCGCGAUCCGGCAGGAUCAGUUUCGUAA